GUGGCGGGAGUGGAAAUGCAGUUAACGGCUGCGGUGUCGUUCCGGACCAUUCUACAGGAAGAAUCAGUGUCAAUUCAUACAUAUGCCCACUCCUUCCUCCAAGUCAUUCUGCUACAUCUGGAGCACAGGGAUGCAGGUGUCAGCAAUGCAUGGUUGGAAACUCUUCUCUCUGUAAUAGAAGUAUUGCCCAAAGAAACCCUAAAACAUGAGAUUUUGAACCCACUUGUUUCCAAGGCACAACUUUCCCAAACUGUCCAGUCUCGUUUAGUUAGUUGUAAAAUUUUAGGAAAAAUGACCAACAAAUUUGAUGCCCAUACCAUUAAAAGAGAGAUACUUCCCUUGGUAAAAUCACUCUGUCAAGAUGUGGAAUAUGAAGUUCGAUCUUGUAUGUGUCGGCAAUUAGAGAACAUAGCUCAGGGCAUUGGGACAGAACUUACAAAAAGCGUGGUGCUCCCUGAGCUAAUAGAACUCUCCAGGGAUGAAGGCAGCAGUGUGCGGCUUGCUGCUUUCGAAACUUUGGUUAAUCUGCUUGACGUGUUUGACACAGAUGACAGAAGUCAAACUAUCCUUCCCUUGGUGAAAUCAUUUUGUGAAAAAUCUUUCAAAGCGGACGAAUCCAUUCUUAUUUCCUUAUCUUUCCAUUUAGGAAAACUAUGCCAUGGACUCUAUGGAAUUUUUACUCCAGAUCAACACUUGCGAUUUUUGGAGUUUUAUAAGAAGCUGUGUACGCUGGGUUUGCAACAAGAAAAUGGACACAAUGAAAAUCAGAUUCCACCCCAAAUCCUAGAGCAGGAGAAGAAAUAUAUUUCAGUACGGAAGAACUGUGCUUAUAACUUUCCGGCCAUGAUUGUUUUUGUUGAUCCUAAAAACUUCCACAUGGAACUCUAUUCUACAUUCUUCUGCCUUUGUCAUGACCCUGAAGUACCAGUCAGAUACACUAUUGCCAUUUGCUUUUAUGAAGUCUCUAAACUUCUGAAUUCUGGAGUAUAUUUAAUACAUAAAGAACUGAUAACAUUAUUACAAGAUGAAUCACUGGAGGUACUAGAUGCUCUCAUAGAUCAUCUUCCAGAAAUCCUUGAACUUAUGUCUACCGGUGGAGAAAGCAGUGUUCAAGAAAAUAAGUUGUCAUCUCUGCCUGACUUGAUUCCGGCACUCACAGCCGCCGAGCAGCGAGCUGCGGCCUCCUUAAAAUGGAGAACUCAUGAGAAGCUACUGCAGAAAUAUGCCUGUCUGCCACACAUCAUAUCCAGUGAUCAGAUUUAUUAUCGUUUCUUGCAAAGAAUGUUCACGAUCGUGAUGACAAAUAAUGUCUUACCUGUCCAAAAGGCAGCUUCACGAACGCUAUGCAUUUUUCUACGUUAUAAUCGUAAACAAGAACAGAGACAUGAGGUCAUUCAAAAAUUAAUUGAACAACUGGGCCAAGGAAAAAGCUAUUGGAAUAGACUUCGAUUUUUGGAUACCUGUGAAUUUAUUAUAGAGAUCUUCUCCAAAUCAUUUUUCUGUAAAUACUUCUUUCUACCCGCUAUUGAACUGACACACGAUCCAGUGGCAAAUGUGAGAAUGAAACUUUGCUACUUGUUGCCCAAAGUGAAAUCUACUCUGAAGAUCCCUGCAGAUAAGCAUCUGCUUCAGCAGUUAGAAAUGUGUGUGAGGAAACUCCUCUGUCAAGAAAAAGAUAAAGAUGUUCUGGCUAUUGUAAAAAGAACCGUGUUAGAGCUGGACAGGAUGGAAAUGUCUAUGGAUGCGUUUCAGAAAAAGUUUUAUGAAAAAGAUUUGUUGGAUCAAGAGAAAGAAAGAGAAGAACUACUACUUAUGGAAAUGGAACAAUUAGAGAAAGAGAAGCAACAGAGCGAUGGGAGGCCCAUGAGUGAGAAAAGCUUUGAAAAGAAACGUAGAGACACCAAGACACCGACGACUCUGCCCAAGAGCAUCCCCAUCUCUGUUCCCGGACCUCCUGGAACCAGCACCCCAUCGACAAGCAAAGAAAUCAAGAAAUCCAAACUGAUCCGAAGCCAGUCUUUUAAUAAUCAAGCUUUUCAUGCGAAAUACGGCAACUUAGACAAGUGUGCUAGUAAAAGUUCUACAGUAGGAUAUACACCUUCCGUCUCAGGGUUAGGAAAGACUUCUGUGGUUUCACUAACUGAUGAUUCAUUCCGCACUCGUAAUGCCUGUAGUGCCCCAACCACCUUUUCUCCCACCGCUUCCCUGCCGGGCACCUCCCGUGGGACAGGUAACUCCGUCGAUCCAAAGAGCAGUGGGAGCAAAGAGACACCACCACGAAAGGCUACCUUAAGCUUCCCGGCACCUGGUGCAGCCCGGCUGUCUCUGGGGUCCCUCCGGUUGUCUGUACUCCUCUGCCUGCCACCAUGUUUGGGAGGCCCUUUUGUCCAGAAACCUCCUGUGAUGGAAAUGAUAUCUCGUCUGCCCUGCCUCACCCGGCUGCUGACGCCUCACAAGAUUGCAGAGGGACCCGGCUGUCCCCAGCCCUGCAAAGCUGAUGGCUCAGGCAAGGCCCACAGCGUUGCCCCAAGAAGCCCGGCAGCUGCAAGCCAGAUCGGCACACGCCUGUCAGCUCUAGUGACCCUCACCAAGGCGUCUGGCUAA